AUGACCGAGUACGGUGAUGCAUAUAAUUGGGAGAAAACAUGGUUGAAUGCUCCUCCAAGAGAACGUGCUUAUGGGAAGCAAACUCUAGAACCUCACUUUCAGCAUAAACGACACUUUGAGCUUGAGCAAAACGACACCAAUAUCUUAAAGUGUGAUGAAAAUCAAGCAAAGGAAAUAUCUCAGGACCCUUUCUUUAUUAUACAUGGUCGCAAACAUUCUGAAAUGGCAUAUCCAAACAUCCUCUAUCGUCGAGCUAAGUCGGCACCUCGUGAAAGCCGCAAUCCAUCCCCCAAAUCUGAUAAGAAAACUCCUCAAAGACCUAAAUCUGAUGGCGCUUCAGAGACUCCGAAACACGUCAAGAUGCAAUCCAAAAAACAUCAUUCCAAAUCGCGGUCUCGUUCAAAAGAGCAAAAGAAACCAGUCGAACGUUGGCCAGAGCUAAAAAUGAACAUUCCAUCCGAUUCUCCCAAAUCAAAACCACUAAAACAAACAGAUUAUCAGUUGUCUCGCAGUCCACCUCUUGCAGAUCUUAAUAAAAGUGAUCGGCCCCAAUCGUCAAAGACUAAAGUUGAAGAACCAACGACCAAACCGAAGCCUUCAAAGCCGAAUGGCGGAAUAAAAAAAUUCAAAUCUGAUGAACGUUUGAGUAGAAUGUCUGAAUUAGAAGCGAAAUCUAAAAUCACGUCUCAGAAUUUGGAACCUGAACCUCGUAAACGAAGAUUUCAAUCUGAAUAUCAGGCUAAUUAUCGGGACUUCUCUGAUUUUACAGACAUCGCCAUAAUUCAUAAUGAUGAGGCUAGGCAAAAUCAGCUUCAAGUUGAAGGUUGCCACUUUUCUCGCCAACAUUUUAACCAACUCAAUUCGGAUAAUGUUAAUUUAUGGGAUCCACCUAGCUCAAUUCAGCCAGAAAUUGUGGGAAUCACCGCAGAGGAGAUGUCAAGACGUUUAAAGGGGUAUAAGACACCCAAAUCAAGACUACCAAACGCUAAAACUUUACCAGAUACUAGUUUCCGAAUUCCUAGUCAGUCGCAUUAUCGUUUUUCUAGGUAUCCAGCCUCUUCGUCAACUACUCCAUAUGAACCACAAAAGUAUCUUGAUAAAGCAUUCAAGAAUGAUGAACCAAGAAUAAAAGUAUUGCCCUACGAGGAUAGGAAGGAUUAUGUAUGUUCAAAGACACAACAUUACUGUGACCGUGGAGGAAACUUCUUAAUAUCUAAAGUUCGACCAGAGGAGGUAGAUACUCUGCCUCAUAUAUCACCAGUACAUUUUAAUGACGUCUCAUCGUAUUCUCCAGCCUCUCUUAGUUCAAGUCUCAGUUUGGCUGAACAGACGUUUGACCGUGCCCUAAGAAGAAGAAAUAAGCUUCUUAUUUCAGCCCCUCGAAACUAG